AUCCACGAAUUUUAGAGAUUUGAAAUCUCUAACGCUAAAAUACAUCAUACAAAAAAAAUAUAACAUUCUACAAAAUCUAUGGAUUCAGUGAAUCCACGACCUAAAUCUUGUUCUCCAAACGACCCCUUAGUGUUCCCAGUGGAUUUACACAAAUCCAUCUUGAUGAGUUGGUUUCCAAGUUUCCAUCUCUUGAGAAUCUAUAUGUUCGGUGAUGGCCAAUGGCAGGAGCAGUGAGAUGAGUAAGCUUAGGGGUUUCAAAACAAGGCAGUUCGCUAGCUGAGCUCAACAGUUGUUUACACAACAAAGUUGACCCGAAACCAACAAUCAUCGAGUCAACCUGGGUCUUUGACCUUGUGAGUUGAUUAAGAGUAUAAGACAUAGUUCAAACUCAACUCAUUUACUAACAAUACGAGUUUCAAACGUUUUUUUUACGAGUCAAAAUGAUGAACCACUCAUGAGCAACUCGGCUCAUUCACGCCUUAUUGCUAGCUAGUAUGAUAUCAUUAUACCAUCACCAUUUUUUCUGUACUUUUAGCUCGUUUUAGGAAAGUUAUAUAUUAUCGUGGUUUAGAAAAAAAUGGGGUAAAUUGCAAGGUUGGUCACUAAGAUUACAAAAAACUUUCAUGUUUGGUCACUAGAAAUAUUUAAUUUCGUUCGUAGUCACUACUAUUAGUUAAGUAUGUCAAGUUUGGUCACUCUCCGUCCAACUCCGUUAACUUUUGCUUAUGUAGCAGUCAACUUUUAUAGUUUGGCCACUCUCUUCACAUUAUUCAAUUAUUUUUUAAUUGCCAUGUCAUACAUUUAACGGUCAACUAUAAAAGUUGACUGCCACACAAGUAAAAGUUAACGGAGUUGGACGGAGAGUGAUCAAAUUUGACAUACUUAACUAAUUUUAGUGAUUACGAACGAUAUUAAAUAUUUUUAGUGACCAAACAUGAAUGUUUUUUUUAUAAUUUUAAUGACCAACCUUGCAAUUUACGAGAAAAAAAAAAAGGAGUGGCAGAGGAAAUGGAUCACUGAGCUCGAGACAGAAAAAAAAAAGGGUAAAUGAAAGUGCACUGAUGGGCAACUUUUGAGAAUAAUUGCCAAAUUAUUGAGGAGAGAGGCAAGAGUUGGGAGCAUUUACAUAGAAAGAGGUGCAUGAGAAUGAGAAUGAGAAUUUGUGGAGAACCAAAACAUUUGGGCCCGGGCCCGGCCCGGCCCGAACGAAAGGUACGUGCAACUUCAUCCACUCAUUUUCCAACAAACAAACAGACAACCGUCCCUCAAGCUCAGGAAUUUCCUCUCCAAUAGUAACAGGGAGGGAGGCGAGCAGUCACACACAUCAAUUAUUGUGCUAUCUCUCAAACAAAUCAAUUUCGCGCAAUCGUGUUCGGUAAAAAACUAAAAGUGCUCACAACGUUCUGCUCCCGUCGAACCGAUGGCGGACGAUCCACAACAAUCACAAUGAUGCGCAGUGACGAUUAAUGAAAAGAGCAUCGCAUCCAUUCAAUGAGUAUAAGAACAUCCUUCUUCGAUCCGAAUCAUCCGACGAACACGAAUGGCUAUCUCAUGGGCAGUUGGCAUUGUUUUCUUUUUUUACCUCCGUUCUAGUUUUGGUCCAUGUGAAAAGUCCAAGAGCCUCGGAAACCGGGUUAGUGGAGUUAUUUUCAUUCCCCACAUCACAAACAUGCCCUUGCAAUUUGCAUGCCUUGUCCCCAAUUUUCAACCAUCACUUUUGAAGAAAGUGAGUAAAAAAAAAAAGUAAAAACAAAAAACAGAAAGACAGGAAAAAAACAGGGUUGAAAAAGAAAAACCCCACUAACAGGAAAGCUAGUCCCGGUCGCCUUCAUAUAUGACCCUCUUGUUUCUCGGUUUCUCCCCACACCAUUGCCAUCCAAUCUCUAUUCUCUACUGCCUCUUCUUCCUCUCAUUUCUCACCCACCUCCCUUUCUCCACGGUCUCUACAUUAGCUAUUAACGACCGUGAUCGGUGGACAGAAGUGUUGUUGUCCACCGGUCACGGUCGGAGCGAGGGAGAACCAGAGGCUAGUCAGAGUCGUCGAUGAUGAUGGCAACAGUGCCGAGGCAGAGAAACGAGAAGCGGUUGCGACGAUAGCCGGCGACUUACUAUUAAAAAUGUAAAGGAGAAACUAAAAAAAAAAGACAGAGAACAGAAGUUUGGCUUUGCAACUACACUCUCCUCGUUGUCUAGCCUCGAUGCUCGUCGGAGCCGAGAAAUGAGCAGAACUGGGAGAGUGUCAAUUGUUGCAUUGCGCAGGGGAUUGAGGGUGGCGGUCCGAUUUAACUUUUUUUCCAUUAUGGUCGCUUGUUUUACUUUACUAUUUUCAAUAUCCUUUAGCUCUCUAUGUUUUUGCUCCUACCAAUAGUUCAUAGUAGGAGCAUUUUUUUGCCUUUCUCAUUGUAUGUUAGACGACAUGGAAUGUAAGGAAUGUAUACUUACGAGGCCAGCUACAGAGUGCGCUAUAGAAAGCUGCCGAGCAUGCAUUUCUUACACCUAUUUAAUAACACAAAUGUAUCCUUCCUUGUUUUCUCUUGUUAUAAAUGGAAGAAAAAAAAAUUGCAACAUGUGAAAAAGUGAUUUCACAAGUGUCUCUCACUACUUAAUUUUGAUUCUUGCAUACUUACGAGUACAGAGAAACUCAAUUUGGAUCCAUCAAAUUCCAACCCCGUCCGGUUGCCAGGGGUUGAGUGGGCUUUUACACAUCGGGCCUGCAAUUGUGAAGCCCACUAUUCGGCCCACGAAAUUUACCAGUUGGGAGUUGGGAACUCUUCUGUAGCAACGACUUGUCCUCCUCUCCAUCUACUUUUUUUUCCCCUUGUUUGAGAUUUGAGGACUCGAUUUUUCUGGAUGGUUGAUUGAAGAAUGGAAUCAGGUUGAUUAUCGAAAGAAAGUGAAUGUCGGAAUCGUAGAACGAUGGAGGAACGAUCUCCGAUCGACCGAAUAUCAUCCCUCCCCGACGAAAUCAUCCACAAGAUCCUUUACCGUCUAGACGCUGCAAAACAGGCGGCGAGGACCAGCGCGCUCUCCCGGAGAUGGCUCCAUCUCUGGCGAACUUACCCGGUGGUGGAGUUUCACGGCGAGGAGUUCGACUUCUCCUACCGAUCCUAUAGAAAAAUCGCCGACCUAUUAGCCGCCCUGUCCUCGAGGCUUUCUCUCUACUACGAGAAUAAUAAGACGCCUCUGGAAUCGUUCAGGUUAUCGUUGCUAACGAUGACCAAACACACUCGCGGUGAAGACUUGGCCGUGGUGCUGAGGUCGGCGCUGGACCGCGCCGAUUACGGAUCGCCGCUCGAGGUCGUGAUCAGAACCGAACGCGCCCAAAUUUUGCCGAAGGGAUCGUUCUCCAAUUUCAGCCGCACGAAAGUUCUCGAGCUCGUCGGCUGUUGCUUGGAUGGAUUGGGGGAGGUUUCUCUGCAGGGUCUCCAGGCUCUUCAUCUCGUAAACGUCACGCUCAGGGAACAAUGGCUCUACGAUUUCGUGGGUAAUGCUCCUAAUCUCGAUUCUUUGAGCCUGCAAAUGUGUAGUGGAAUUGGGAGGCUGGAGGUCUCCGCUAGAGAUUUUCCCACAUUGAAAACCCUAGACAUUCGAACAGGAGAGUCUGAUUCCGGGCUUGAACUGCAGCUCACUACAGCUCCUUUCCUGGAGAGUUUGGUCUUUCACGGGUCAGGGCAGCCAUGUAAGUUGAGAGCAGAAUCGUUAUGUUCAGCUCCGAAUCUUAAAUUUGUGAGAAUUGUUAGCUCCAGAGAAUGGACGGAGGUGGAUCUUGAUGGGUUCAUUACCCAGUUGCCGUUUCUUUCUAACUUGGAAAUCCUUCGCAUUGUUUUGGGAUUUGAUUCUCGUAUGGAACUCCGCCUUAGUUCAUCCCCUUGCCUGAACAGUUUGAAGGUUAUAGAUAUUCGUGGGAGAUGUAACUUGAAUAUAGAAUCACCAUCUGCAGCUCCCAAUCUCAGAGUUUUGAAACUUGGCGUCCCCUUGGGAUUUACGCAGAGCCAACUUGAUGGUUUGGUUUCCAAUUUGCCAUCUCUUGAGUCUCUUUACUUGGAGAUCAACCAUGAUGGCAGCAGCAGCAGGGGAAUGACUAAGAUGAGGGUUUCGCCUCAUCGGCGGCUUCGAGUGUUGGAGUUGCAUGAUUACUACGGGGCAGAGGCAUUGGAGGAGCUUGAAAUUGAUGCUCCUAAUUUGGUUCGUGCCAGGUACAGUGGAAGUGGGUUCAGGUUUCCUGAGAAGAUUAAUGUUCUACAUGUGCCAUCUGAUUGUCAAUUCAUAGUUGAAGGGCAUUGUGACCAUAUUGCUGAAACACGCUUGACACACGAAUCGUUUCUUGGAUUGCGGCAUUCUCUCUCAGCAUUGAGUCGAUUUCACCUGGUUCUGCUGUUGCGUGGCUUAGAUCUGUCACAAGAGGUUUCUUUCGAUCUGAGUCGAGCUGAAAGUACAUCCUCUCCUCUGAUAAUUCAAUAUUUGCGUAUUGAGAUCUCAUUACGGAGAUGGACCAAAGUUCGGUAUGGUGCUACUUUUCUCGAUGGUUUGUUCUGGGCUUGCCGCCCUAAACUCGUAUCUGUAUCUGAGUGUUAUGAUGGGAUCCCCGUCUUGCCUGAGCUUAUUCAAGAGCAACUUCAGAACAAAGACAUUGCUAAUUGUUGUUAUGGCUCUAAGUGUUGGCGACAUCAACUUAGGAAUGUGAAGAUGGAGACAGUAAUGCAUUCGAAGGUUUGGUUUGAGUUUACGUGGUGUUAACUACCCAUACGUACACUUCAGUAGGGAUGGCAACAGAUUGGGAUGGGGCUGGUUUUCCUAUAUGCUGUUCCUGAACCACGGCUCUAAAAUCCACUCGAGCAUUCAUGUCUCUUCGGUGAAGCUUAACCUCGAUUAACUUCUUCAUUCCAAUGAGCUGGCACAUUGUUUGCGAUCGUCGAUGAGCAUCUCCAAGGCCACGUCUCAGGAGGAGAAGAGAUCGGCCUAGCGAGCACUUUGCAAUCAAAGACGCAUUUAACAUGACUUCCAUGAGCUAAUUUCCAACCUUCAAGUAGAGAUUAUGCUUCUACUUCAAACGGUGAUGAACAAAGAACUGGUUCAGCUCCCCAUUGUGAACCUAUCCAUGAUUGUUGACGAGAACGAUAACAUAAGCUGUCUCCUGGGUAUCCAUGUGAUUGGUUAAUUUUGCCAUUCCAUUUACUUGUGGAAAUGGAUUUUAGUUCUAAUUUUCAUGAUUCAAUAAAAUAACGAAGGCAUU